CCUGGACCUCGGCCCAGCCCAAUAGUAAGGCAGGGGGAUGGGAGUGGCUACUUUUUAUGAUCUGAUAUUUGUUUUUCCUCCCCAACCACCAUGCUGAGCUACAAUUAGGAUGUGAUGACGACAGAGAAGUUGGAGCAUGAGCCAGACUCUGAUGGACGAAGCAGAUUGAGCAGAGUCUAUCUCAAACAGCAAGUGUGCACAGUUUGUAAAUCAGGGAGCCCGGUCAAAGCAUCCUGGAAUUCUGAAGAGAACCCACAGCUGUGAAUUGCUUGCCUUAACAGAUGUCAGCCAUGAACUCCCUUGCAUUGAACAGGAUUGAUGGAACCCAGGCAGAAUCCAUAAAGGACACAGUGGAUGCCAUUCAAGUCACUCCUGAUUCAGAGCUUCCUCCUUCAGUUGCCACCAGCACGGCCUGCUUGUCUUCCCAACAGGGGAAGGUUCCUCUCCGCCUUGCCUCCUGCAGCAAUAGCUGUGGGGUUCCCCCUCAGGCUUCUGUGAAGCAGCAGCAGCCCCAGACCUCAAAGAAGCAGCGCAUCAGCUCCACUUCCUCCGUCUGUACCACCAGCAGUAAGAAGAGCUGCAAAUCAACAGCUUCUCAGAUUCAAGAGGUGGCCGGGGAUGAGGUGUGUGCUGCCAUCCUCUUAGCCUCUUUUGCUAUUUUUCUGAUAUCCUGCCUCUUCUUUUUGGGCCCCACUCUUUCUGCUCUGUCUGUCUGCCUGUCACUCAAGGCUCCUGGGGCUGUAUUCUGACCCUUCCAGCUGUUGUUACUGCUGUAAGCUUGAAGGAUCAGCCCUGGAGUUCUGCUACCAGAGUGGUGAGUGUCUGGAACUUGCAUUAGAAGUGUCUGAAUUGUGCUAUCAUUGAUUAACCCGGCUACCAUGGAAGCUUCCUACUAACUGCUUUUCUUCAGGGAUCAUUAUGGCAGGUGAGUAGAGUCUGACAUUAUUUUAAGAGUUCUGUGUAUCCUUGUUCCCAGUAUUCUCAGAAUAUUAUCAUAUCUUGGAAUAUUGUAGAAGGAAAUAAUACUGUGCGUGGUGGCCAGAUUGAUACUAAUUCUGUUAUACUUCCUGAGCAGGGAUGUAUAGCCCAAUUUUGAAACAUUUUUAAGAUGGGAAACUUAAAAACUCUGGUGUGAGCCCUAAUAGAGGCAUAUCACAGUUUACAAAUGCAGACAACCCAUAAAACUCAGCAUAAAGGCAGAACCGAUUUUGCUCAUCUGGUAAGAACAUCUCAGGAAGACUUGUUAGGAAUCCCCCUUCUCUCUGAAGUGAGGGGACAUGGACAAGAUGAUAUGCUUCCCUAGUGGACCUCAUCCUUUGGAAUGCCUUGUGUUUAGAAAUUUCAUCUCCCACAGUUUUUAAUAAACAGUUUUAUUUCACUGGAUUUUCAACCAGGCUAACUUUUAUUAGCUUCCAACUUGUUGGAGGUUUGACCUUAUUGGCUUAUCAUUAUUGUGCUCUUUACAAUUUUGAUUUAUUUUGCACUUUCAGUUGUAACAUGUCCAAAGUUGUAUGAGCUAAGAGGGCUAUCAAAGCUGAUAAAAAGAUA